AUGACUGACGACAAGAGCAACCGCCUUCAAAGCAGGAUCGCCAAUGCCCGGGGCCAAAGUACGAGGAUCUCCACCAAGAUGCGGGCUACACGAAGUGCGGACGAUUUGCAGAGGCGUAUCAAGGAUACCGUGGCAACGGGAAGUACCUUUCGUCGCUCUGCGUCAAUCGUAGGGGCCAAGGACGCCGAGGCCAAAGCUUCCAAGAGAGGACUAGGCCUCUUCCGCCAUUCGGCAUCCAAGGCUGAUGACGGUGCAUCAGACCGCGCAGCCAGCUUGAUCAAUCCCGUCACUGGUGGCAAAACCAAAGUGAAGAAGGAACGACGAAUGACCCAAGCUGAGUUUGUGGCAGGAAACAUGAAGGAGAUGGACCCAAGUGAAGUCAUUCAACUGUUGGAGUUGUAUGGUUCGGUGGACAGUCCUCACGCGUCCCUGUGCCUCCAAAGUCUCAAAAACUCCAAGCCAUCGUCUGGUGGCAAGCGCCGAGUCAAGCGCACGGGUAGUCGAGGCUCUGUUUCCAGCCAGCCUGAUCAUGAGGGUCGCCGGGCUAGUUCGGCUGCUUAA